ACAUACUCUUGUGUCUUCAGAUUAUUUAAUUAUUUUUUGAUGAAUGACAAGGACACAGAUGCUAAACGAAGAGAGUCUUGGGAAUUGAAAUCAUCCGCGUGUUAAACGUACUGUAUAAAUCACCUUCUUUCCAAGCCUCGUCACAUAAUCUAAACAUUUUCUCAGAAGGAUCAAAGAGCCAUUGAGAUCCGCACAGAUUCAUGGAUGAACGUCGCAGUGAACUUAUAAUUGGAGGCCUACAAAAAAACCUGUUACAACAAACGCUCUGCAUUAUAUUACAACUUGUACAAUAUGGCUGCGUUCAGCUCUUGUUUUCAGAUGUUUAUGGAUAAUACCGCUGAUGUCUAUAGCAUUUGUGAUGGACAGAUGAUGAUGUCAUCCACCGUGGAUCUUUUGCAGUGUAACGAGAGUUUUUUGGAAGUUUCUUGGGGACAGCAUGAUUCUUUAAUCUGUACGGACGGGUAUUCUUCUGUCGUGGAGGACGGUUAUACACACUUGACUCCAACAGAAGAGCUUUACACCACACAGAAUGGACAGAUACGAGGAGAAAGUAUUAUGUUCAACGGCUCAAACGCAGACAGACCAGAGAUCAGUUUGAACACGAACAUGUCGAGGUUCACCUGCCAGUGGCUGGAGCAACAGUGCUGUAAGAAAACCUACUGCACAAUGAAGGAGCUCAUCUCUCAUCUGACAGCGGAGCAUGUGUCAGGGCAAACCAGUUACAUAUGUUUAUGGGAAGAUUGUUCCCGUCAAAGGAAUCCAUUCAAGGCCAAGUACAAACUGAUCAAUCACCUGAGAGUCCACACGGGUGAAAAGCCCUUUCAGUGCUCCUUCGGAUGUGGAAGAGAGUUUGCACGGGCGGAAAACCUGAAAAUUCAUGAAAGGACACAUACAGGUGAAAAACCUUUCAGAUGCCCUUUUGAGGCCUGCGAAAGGCGUUUUGCAAACAGCAGUGAUAAACAAAAGCACAUACGUGUCCACUCAUCUGACAAACAAUACAUUUGCAUGUACUGCUAUAAAUCAUACUCUCAUGCCAGCUCCCUCAGAAAACACACAAAGGUCCAUCUGCCAGUCAUGGAAUACACUCAGAACAGCUAUGUGACCAGCUAUAGAGAUCCAGCCUUUUUCAAAUAA